AUAAAUAAGGAGCUGUUUGGUGGAGUUUUAGUAAUUAGAAUUGAAUUUAAGGUGACAUUAAAAAUCGUCAUGUGCCGUCUAAAAAUGAAAUGUUCAUCGUAAUCAUCGAUUGUAACCUCGAAGUUGAAAAUCGAUUAAACUCGGGAAUUCAAGUGGAUCGACAACUUCAGGCGAUUCUGUUGUGUUCUGUCUGUCCAUGGGAUCCAGAAUAAUCGACCAGCAGAUAUAAGAUCGAAAAGUUCCCCAAAAGGAACACAAAUCAUUAAUUUAAUAUUAACAAUAGUGAACAAUAAAUUAACGAGAUUAAACACACAACUGUGUUAAUCACGUCAUCACACAAUUCAAGAGAUCUUGAGAAUUUUCAGUGAUAUCGACGAGCAACUCGUUGGAAUCGUUAGGUUAACCCUUUUUUAAUUUUAUUUUUUAUUAUUUUGCUGAAAUGAGUGAUAAUGAAGGCCUUCUUGAUGAUGAAUUGUACCUGGAGAAAGUCUACCUGGCUGAGUCGUACAAGGAGAUGGCCAAUGAUUUUUUUAAGAAACAAGAUUUCGAAAGAGCCAUAGAAUUGUAUACAAAGGCUAUAGAAACAGAUCCAAAUGUAGCAACUUACCAUGCAAAUCGAAGUUUUGCAUAUUUGAAGACAGAAUGCUUCGGCUAUGCUCUUGAAGAUGCAUCUAAGGCCAUCGAGUUGGAUAAAAAUUAUAUAAAAGGGUAUUACAGACGUGCUGCUGCUUACAUGUCCCUGAGUAAAUUCACACGGGCCCUCAAAGACUUUGAGACAGUUGUAAAAGCAAGUCCCUAUGACAAGGAUGCUAAACUAAAAUAUACUGAGUGUAACAAAAUUGUUAAGAAGCUAGCCUUUGAGAAAGCUAUCUCGAUUGAGGAGAAUCAAAAAAAUAUUGCUGAUAGCAUUAAUCUGGAAGCAAUGACGAUCGACGAUGAUUACAUUGGUCCCCAGCUGGAGGAUGGGAAAGUAACAGUGAAAUUUAUGCAGGAGCUCCUGAAAUGGUACAAAGACGAGAGGAAACUCCCCAGAAAAUACGCUUACAAGAUUCUCCUCGACGUGAAGACCUGGUUCAUGGCCCAGCCGAGUUUGAUAGACGUGGCAAUCCCGGAUGAUAGUAAAUUCACGAUCUGUGGAGAUAUUCAUGGACAGUUCUACGAUCUACUCAAUAUAUUCGAACUCAAUGGUCUGCCAUCGGAGACCAAUCCUUAUUUAUUCAACGGUGACUUCGUUGAUCGAGGGUCAUUCUCAGUGGAAUGCAUAUUCACACUUUUUGGAUUUAAAUUAUUGUAUCCCAAUCAUUUCUUCAUGUCUAGAGGAAAUCACGAAUCAGCCAUGAUGAAUCGCAUGUACGGGUUUGACGGUGAGGUAAAAGCGAAAUACACAACGCAGAUGGCCCUCCUCUUCACUGAAGUUUACAAUUGGCUUCCCCUAGCUCAUCUCCUCAAUAAUAGAGUAAUAGUAAUGCAUGGUGGUCUCUUCUCGCGGGACAAUGUUACUCUCAAGGAGAUUCGCGAGAUCGUGAGGAACAGGCAGCCUCCAGACGAGGGUGUCAUGUGCGAACUCCUGUGGUCUGACCCUCAGCCACAACCUGGACGUGCAUCCAGUAAAAGAGGGGUUGGAGUUCAAUUCGGACCUGAUAUUACUCAAAAAUUUCUGGAGCUCAAUAAACUCGAUUACGUCGUCAGGAGUCAUGAAGUAAAAAAUGAUGGGUACGAGAUCGGCCAUGAUGGCAAGUGCAUCACUGUUUUUUCAGCUCCAAAUUACUGCGAUACUAUGGGUAAUCGAGGUGCUUUCAUAACUCUAAAUGGUAAAGACAUGAAACCGAACUUCAGAACUUACGAAGCAGUGCCCCAUCCAGACGUCAAGCCGAUGCAGUAUGCCACCUCUCUACUGAAAUUCAUGUGCUAAAACCCGUGAAAAAAGAAACCUUAUUAUUAAUAAGGAACUUAUUAUUAAUAAAUUAAUAACGAUUGAUAAUGACUAAGAAUUUUUUUCGAGUAGAAUCAAAGUGUGCAUAAUAUAUUUGAUACCAACGCAGAGAACGACGAUUUGUACUUAAAAUUACCGAGGUAGAAUCAUUAGAGAAUCAAUUAUCAAUUGAAAAUCUGUGACGUGGUGGAACGUAAUCAAUCGAAUCAGACGUUUUUCCACGGAAUUGAUAAUAAAUUACACAUUUGGAGGUUUUAUUUAUUUUUUGGAGUUAAAUAUUAUUGCUUUUGGGUCAUAACGAAUUCGAGAAAUCACUUGACAUUUUUCCUUGAAAUUCAUAUUUCUUGAGAAUUGAUUAUUGCAGGUUUUGACUCCUCAACAGUCAAUUUUUAUAAUUAAAUAUUUUAAUGCGGAUUUUUUAUAGGAAAUAUUGAGGGAUUUGAGGACUUUUCGCUUGUGAAAUGUCAAGGAGAGAUUUUUCGGUUUGAAAUGAAUUUCUGGGGAUUUUGAAAAAGUGAUAAAUGUUAAAUUUGGUCGACACGAAUCGUUUUGUUAUGUUCUACUCAUCGAAUUAUUGAAUGUAUUAUAGAGAAAACGGUAUGAGUGUAUGAGAAUAAGUGAUGACAGGACGUGGGACUUUUAGCGGUAAAAAGUCGAAAGCUUUUCCCGUGUAGAUUGGAUCGUGAGCUUAUCCAUACCGAAUACUUUUUUAGCGGUGAUUAUCAAUAAGAAGUUAGAGCUUGUGAAGGAAAAUAUGGAGAAAUACAUUUUCUGAAAUGAUUGGCUUUCCAGUGGGAAAGUUAUUUUUUUCUGCAUCGAUACGAGAGAGGGAAGUGAAACAUAAAAUUAUUGUUACCAUUUUUCUGAUAUUUGAGGCAUGAAUUCGUAGGAGGGAGUGUAACUCCAUCGUUAUUCGUCGCGUUAUUUGCGACAGACUUCUAGACAAAAAUUAAACAAAAAAAUCUUCAUAAUUUAUGGAUCUAUUUCUGAUUCGAUUUUUUGUUUUUCUGUUUUUUUUUUGUUAAUAAAUCAUGUUUAUAAUGUA